GGAGUUUCCGUUUGUUUUCAAUUUAUGUAUCAUUUUUUAACAAAGCUUAAAUGUGUUAGUCUAGUUCGAUACUAUAAUAUAAAGUUAGUAUAACGCAAUAUGAAAAUUUAUUCCUGAGCUCCGCCUUCCUCUCAUAGACCCCCAUGUUAUUCCAAAAAGCGCCGGUCGCUGCCGACCAAUCAAGUUCCAGCUUCAGCUUUGUCAUGCUGUCAAUCAACGGUUACGCGCACAGCAAGCAAGCCCAUGCAGAGGUGGGCGAGCUACGCACUACGCAACCGCGCGCACAUUUGUUUUGCUUGUGGAGGAGAGAGCAUCAGGGAUCAGCAACUUCCAGAAAAGUUACCAAUCCCACGGCUUGUCAGGCCAAGAGACCGCAGGACGUUUUUUGGCUCGGGGUGCUCGCGUCGCUCCCCGACCACGGCCUCCAUAGCCCGCCUGACGGCUUCGUUUAGAUGCCCGACCUCUGGAGGAAGAUGUUGGGGCGUCUGGGACAUACUCUUGGUCAGAGGAGUCAUGCAAUUCUGAACUCUAGAUAGAAAUACAUAUACACGCGUAAAUGCACUAAGUUUGAUAAACAACGUCAUCCAGAGGGAUACACGAGUGUAAUCACAUAUUGAAACUUUACUCGUUCGUCCUAGCAGAUUCAUGUUAUUUUGGUAUUAGGACAAGUUAGACUCAAUACAGCAUUCUAACGUAAUUCCUUUAUUAUUUACUAAAUGUGCUAAAUGUAGAAGAGGGGAAAACAGCAAAACAGGCGAGAUGCUGCAGCACUCCGGGCACUUCUCUCAUGUACUGCGCGCGUGCACAAAUAAAGGGGCGAAAUCAGACGGAGGGACCAACAGUGUUUUGGGAGACGCUGCGAUUCAAACUCCGGACAGCAGCUUUAAGGUUUAGGGUGAACCCUAGAGACAGUAUCAUCUUUCCUUUUUGUGUGUUCAUACCGCCCUCAGCUUUGCCUGACAGGCGGAAAGAGCUGCUGCAUGUAUUUCACAUCAUGUUUAAGUUUUUAUAUCAUUACAUGCGUUACAAAUUCCCUGAUUUAGACACAGCUCGUAUUUAUUAGCUUGAAACGAGUUUUUUUGUGAGGGUUAGUAGCCCUAACAUGGACAGAAUAAUGGUAACUUCUCAUGCAAUCUUUUUUCAAAAGCUUUUAUUAUAAUUUUUACUAAUUUAUUUUUAAUUUACAGAUCAAAUUUGAGGUUUAUUCGAGACGUUUCAGAGAAAUACAUAUUCGGUUGAGCGUAAAUAGAGGCAGAUGCACCUGACAGUCAAUGUUCAGGACAAAGAAAACAAAUAUAUUGUUGGUGUUACCAUGAAAAGCGUCCGCCGCGCCUUUCCGCCGGGCUGCACGUUGCAGCAGUUCCUAUCUGUCCCCAUCUAAUCUGGUUUACCGGAGUCCCAAUGAAGGUGAGCGGGUCACCUGGUUCUCUGUUUACCUGAGACACCUGUACUGCUGUUGGUAGCGCACACAGCCCGCCCUCCGACCGACAGAGGACGACGGUCCGGCCGCUACAAGGAUGAAGGGUCUCCCCGUGCUGUCUCUGCUGCUCUGGAUGAGCUCCAUGUUCUUCGUGGGCCUCUACCUGUUUGUGGGCGGCUUCCUGCUGGUGAGGCUGGAGGUGAACCGGACCAGUGGCUGUGAGGACGUCCUCCAUCCCGGACAGGAUCUGGUGGACUUCUGCCGGGCCCAGCCUCGGUUCCGCCGGGCGGUGCUGCUCAUCAUCGACGCCCUGAAGAUCGACUUCGCCCGGUUCGACCCCAACAACACGAUGCCCCGCCCGUACCAGAAUAAGCUCCCCGUGCUGCAGGAGACGGCCUCCUCCAGGCCUCUCCAGAGCCGCCUGUACCCCUUCAGGGCUGACCCCCCAACCACCACCAUGCAGAGGAUCAAGGGCUUCACCACCGGGUCCCUGCCCACCUUCGUGGAUGUGGGGAAUAACUUUGCAUCCAGCGCCAUCCUGGAGGACAAUCUGAUCCACCAGCUGGGGAAAGAGGGUAAACGGGUGGUGUUUAUGGGCGAUGAUACCUGGGAGAACCUUUUUCCUAAGAAGUUCCACCGCUCUCUGCCCUUCCCUUCUUUCAAUGUGAAGGAUCUGCACACCGUGGAUAACGGGAUCCUGCAACACCUCUACAACACGAUAAUCGGUGAUGACUGGGAUGUCCUGGUGGCUCAUUUCCUGGGAGUGGAUCACUGUGGUCACAGGUUUGGACCCGACCACCCGGCCAUGGCUGACAAGCUCACCCAGAUGGAUGGAGUCAUCAGGUCAGUGAUGGACCGUCUGCAGAACGACACCCUCCUGGUGGUGAUGGGAGAUCACGGCAUGACGGACACUGGAGAUCACGGUGGAGAGAGUCAGAAAGAGACGGAUGCUGCUAUCUUCCUCUACAGUCCUUCCCCCAUCUUCCCUGGACCCCCGACACAGAAUGAACCAGACGUGGUUCCUCAGACCGACCUGGUUCCCACCCUGGCUCUGCUGCUGGGGGUUCCCAUCCCCUACAGCAGUGUGGGCCAGGUUCUUCUGCCGUUGUUUCCUCCUCAUGGUCAGACAGGAGGUGCAGUUCGAGGUCUCAGCCAGCUGGAGGCGCUGUGGAUCAACGCUAAACAGGUCAACCGUUUCCUGGAGACCUACUCUGGCAUGGCCAAAGACAUCCCACCAGAGAGCCUCCUCCAGCUGAAGGACCAGUUUUCCCGCCUCUCCUCUGAGUACCUCAGCUCGGUUGGAGAAGGUCGGUCCCCCUCCCAGCAGCUGGCCUCCUCUCUGCAGGCCUACCUGACCUCCGUCAGAGACACCUGCAGAUCCACCUGGGCCCGGUUCAACCCUCUGAAGAUGGCAGCAGGACUGUCCAUCCUGGCAUUGGCCUGCCUGAUGUGUUUCCUGCUGUCUGAGCUGUCAGUGGUUCUGGUCAGGGAGGUCGGUGGUGGGCUGAAGGUCCCGGUUGUGGCGGCGUUAGCAGCAGGAGUUGGAGUGGCUGCUGCUCAGCUGCUGUCUCAGGGCUUCAUGGAGCUGACCUGGUGUCUGGCAGCCGGGGCCUUCAGCUCUGAGCUUCUCUUCUUCUGGAGGGCUCGUCGACUCGGCAGCUCCCCUGUGUCCAAGAACGGGACUAAAGGUGUGAAGAGCGGCGGCUGGCUGACCCCCCGGCGCCUCCUCAUCCCUCCUCUCCUGGUGCCUUUGCUCCGCUGUGCCUCCCUGCUCUCUGACAGCUACGUGAUCGCUGAAGGUCGGGUGGUGACCUUCCUGCUCUUCUCUCUGGCCCUCUACAUUCCCGUCCAUCUCAACUGGGAUGGCCUUCUUCUGCCUCCCAGCCAUGACCCUCUGAAGUCUGCAGGACUGCUGCCUUCUCCGGCUUUGUCUCCGUCCACUGUGAGGAAGGAAAGCAGCGUCCUCCUGAGCUGCCUGGGCCUCCUGGUGGGCAGCCUCUACCUGUCCCUGUCCUUUCACGGCUGUCGAGAAGAGCAGGGCUCCUGCCAUCCGUCAUCCUUCCUGUCUCCUCUGUCCCGCUUCCAGGACAGCCAGCUGAAGAACAUCCACUACAUCCUCUCUGUGCUCUCUCUGGGCCUGUGGACGUAUCUGCUGAGACGCUGUCUCUGCCACUACGGUAAUCUGAACUCCUCCAGUGGGACGGUGUUCACGGCUCGCUGGGUGCUGCCCCUGCUGUCGGUGAGCCUGGGGCUGCACUGGGCCGUUAGUGCCACUCCAGAGGACAGCUUCAGGAAUCUGGGUGAGCUGAUCCGCCUGGCUCAGCUGGCCCUCCCCAGGGCCGCCUUCUGCCUGCUGGGCCUGGGGCUGGCCCUGAUCUGGCUGGACCCUCUCACUGUAUUUGUGAAGACCAGGGCAGCAGCUUCAUCCAGGAGCUCUUCUCUGCCCCCGCCCCGCUACCGGGCCAGCACCGGCAUCAGCCCCCAGGCCGAGCUGCACCACCUCAUCCCCCAGAUCUACCAGCGCAUGCGUCGAUCUCUGGAGGACGGAGAGCUGAGCGGGGGCGGCGAGGCGGGCGGCAGACCCACGGUGGAGGCCUACGGGCUGGGAAGCGUGUACUCCGCCCCGGUGCUGCUGUUCUGGGGUCUGCUGGGCGUCGGGCUGCUGCUGCUGCAUCCAGAGGGCAUGGCGGUGGCCUUCCUCCUGCUGCUGCUGGAGAUGGGAGCUCUGCUGCACAUCCACGCCUCCUCCACCACCCUGAGGGGUCUGCAUGGAGCCUAUUCUGAUGGUUUCUGUGUUCCCUGGACUCCAGUCGUCCUCUGGUCUCUGGCUGCCACACAGUUCUUCCACGCCACCGGCCACCUGCCCACCUUCCCCUCCAUCCAGUGGGGCGCUGCCUUCGUGGGAUUCCCUGAUGGACACACAGGAACCGUCCUGCCGGCCUCCCUGGUCACCCUCAACACCUUCGCCUCACAGAUCCUGUUUGCAGUGGGCUGCCCGCUGCUGCUGUUCUGGCCUCUGCUGUGUGAAGUCCGAGGAGGACGAGGAGAGGAAGGAGAAGACGCUGUGAUGGAGAUGAGGCUGAGAGAAAACCCUCAACAGUUCAGCUCCGCUCUUCUCCAGCUCUCAACACGCUACCUCUUUAUUCACGGAGCACAGGUCUUUGCUUCCGUCUGUGCUGCUGCUAUCCUCAGGAGACACCUAAUGGUGUGGAAGGUUUUCGCACCCAAGUUAAUGUUUGAGGCCUCGGGGUUCCUGGUGAGCUGCGUUUUCCUGCUGAUCGGGGUCUCCUUGGUGCUGAGAGUGGACCUGGCCGUGGGCCGCUGGUUUCAGAGACUCAUCCCAGAAUCCUCCAGGUAGCGACGGCUGCUUUUCCAUCCCAGUCCAGCAGAGCUCACUGUGCCACAGAGGAAGCAGACAUGGUGGGAACUGGAACACAAAGAAAGUGGUGAUGUGGAUCCCACCAACAUGCGAGGCUGCCUCUGACCCUGAGGGCCACGCUGGGACUUCAGGACGUCUGAACGUACGGAGUUCUGCUAAUGUUUUUAAUUAAAACCCUCAUAGAUCACUGGGAUUAGAGAGAAAACAGCUGAUUCUGAAUGUUUUCUACACUGAUGGAUGAAGCAGUCAGGCUAGCAGGAGAUUCAUAGAGUCUAUAAGCUUCAUUAAACACACAGUUUACAGUCUGCUGGCCUGUUCCAGCGGGAUAAAACCUCAGCAUUUAAAUAAAUCUGGCCUUUAAUGUUUUCUACCAGAGGCUGUGGGACGUUGAUCAUGUCUUCUUUCUAAUGCAGGACUUUAAAACUCGGAGUUUAUCUGGCAACUGAAUCGACUGUAAUGUGAUGGAAGCAGCUGUGAAAUACAGAAAUCUGACCUUUAACUUUCCACGUUAAUGAAAAAAUGAACGUUUGGUGUCUUAUUGUUGUUCUGGAUCUGUCGAUCUGGAUCUGUCGAUCUGGAUCAGUUGAUCUGGAUCAGUUGAUCUGGAUCAGUUGAUCUGGAUCAGUUGAUCUGGAUCUGUUGAUCUGGAUCUGUUGUUCUGGAUCUGUCGAUCUGGAUCAGUUGAUCUGGAUCAGUUGAUCUGGAUCAGUUGAUCUGGAUCUGUUGAUCUGGAUCAGUUGAUCUGGAUCUGUUGAUCUGGAUCUGUUGAUCUGAAGCGUUGGGAGCUUCCUGAUGAUCAUCUUCAGCAGGUCAUCUUCAUCUACUGAAUCCAUCGGAGUGCUUUAGAGCGUCUUCGUGUGUCUGCUGAAGGAACUGUUGGUUUUUUGUAUGUUUUUUUUUUUAUGUGCUGAAAUUACCUCUAAGUCUGGUUACUGCCAAUUCAUAACACUGUGUCAUUAUUAAUGUUCUUUUAUUUUCUAACGCAUGUUUCUAAUUAGCAUUAAAUCACCAAUGUUUUCUAAUUAGACUUCUACACCCAGAACAGGUGCCUAGCUUUAACCAAUGCCUUUUUCUGUCAUUAAGUUAACGGGAUCAUUAAAUCCUCCAUAAACGAUUUAUUUAAGAUCAGUUGUUCUGCAGCUGAAGCUAACCAGCUAAUGCCUGAUAUUGAAGUGACGCUAAAACGCUACGGCAGUGAAUGUUUGGGCCGUAAAGAGCGACGGCUGCUGCUCCGUCAGCCCGACUGAAUGAGGACGUUUGUUUUUCUGUUUUCAAAGUGUUUAAUAUAUGGGUAACUGGUUCAUUAAAAUGGUUUUACAUUCUGUGACAAAUAGAAUAAAACUUUUCUACUCGA